GUGCGUCUAAGUCUAUAUUCAAGCCUCUUCUCAUGCAAACAAACUCUCCUAACUCCUGAAGAACGAGGGCCGGUCGGUGGCUUGCCAAACUCCCCUGAGUAAGCUGUGUUGUCGAGUCAAAGCGCAUCUUGUCCGUCGUAGUACAUGCACUGUCCACUAACACAGGCCAAUGCCCCGAACAACGAAUUGAUGAUGUUUGCAAUUACUAGGUGCUCGCCAUGGCCAUCCAAUCAAGCAGCCCUAGCUUUGGAGACCAAGCUGCUCCUAUACCUGUCCAGGCACAUACGAUGCCCCGUUUAUUUCGGAAGCAUGAGGUGGCUGCAUUGUUGCAGCUGGGGACAGUCGAAGCGCACCAGCCUCAGCACCAGAUAACCAGACGUAAUCUCAUGUUGACCCAAAGGAGAGAGAACGAGACAGACAUGGGGCCAAAAGAAGAGAAGGGGAAGAAAAAAUCGCAUCUUUUCCUGGCGGUUUCCACCGAAAGAUGGAAUGUUCUCUUCCGAUGGAAGCAGGUUUGGGGAGCAGUCCAAGUGGGCAAUAAGGCCACCACAGGCAAUUCGUCGAAGCAUUGCUGCCCAAUGCGAGUGACGAUCCCCUGUCGCGGUGGAUCAUGGUCAAGGUACGAAGCACGAGGACUCGGACAUCCAGAUGGAGCUGUCAGAACCGCCAGGAUGCCGCGCCCUUGCAUCCGACAGGAGGAGGGAGCGAUUUGAUGGCAUUUUGUCGAUGCGCCAAAACAAGGAGAAGGCCAAAU